UUCGAAUUGGGGGUUUUGGCUGCUGAAAUGCCUCCGCGCUCAUCAACCAAGUCCGCGCUGGUGUGUGCGAGUAUUCUGGCGCUCGCCAUGGCAGUGCAGGCGGUCGCCUACGACGCUUCGACCAGACCGCCUCAGCGCGUCGUCUUCCCGUGGAUGGGUCUCGAGCGGACGCAGGAGAACAUUCCGCAAGACCUCGCCACACUCCAGGCGCACAAGGAUGUCAUCCCGUGGGUGUCUUUCGAGCGAUUCAACUUGGGUCCCAAUGGCACUUUUGUCAUCAAUGAACUCACGCAAGUGGGUCCGACGCUGAUUGCUGAGGGCUUUGGUACCUUCCCGAUGAUAUCGAGCUUCCCCGAUACCAAUCCAAACCUCGAGUACACGCGGGAGGUUUGCGCAAACCCCGAUCCGUUCAUUGCCGACUUGGUCUUCAACCUGCUCAAAUUCAACUACACUGGCGUCAAUGUCGACAUUGAGCCCGCGGGUGGCAUUGGCACCUACCAAGAUGCUGUUGCCUAUGCAGGCUUUCUGGACAAGCUCAGCCGCGCGUUGCACCAGCACGGAUUGACGGUGACGGUCGAUAUUGCAAGCUGGACGCCCGUUUGGAACUUUACGCUGCUCGCCGAGACGAGCGUCGAUCUGUUCGUGACCAUGGACACGUAUACCUACAACCAAACGGCGUGGACCCACCUCUUUCAGAAGGCGCUCGAUGCCUUCGGGCCGCAUCGGCUGGGCGCAGGCAUCAUGACGGUGAACGCCGACAACAACCAACCGCUGUCGCCUGCUGAUAUCAAAUUCCGGUUUGAUGCGAUUGUCGCCGCCAAUGUGAAUGUGAUUGGCAUUUGGUGCAUGCCGAUUCCCGAUCAGUUCUGGCCCUUCAUUGAUGCGUACAUGGCGGGCACGGCCAUGCCCGAGUUGUGAGGGUGCUUUUUUUGUGUGUUCAUGUUUUUGUUUUUGUUUUUCUUUUUGUGCCAUCAAUAAUAGAAGGCGCGCAGUGCCGCAUGAAUGACGUUGCA